AUGGGAGAGAGUAACAAUGUGACAGAAUUUGUCCUCCUGGGCCUCACUCAGGAUCCUGAUGGGCAAAAAGCAUUAUUUGUCAUGUUUUUACUCAUAUACAUUGUGACGAUGGUGGGCAACCUGCUCGUCACGGUGACUGUUAUCAGCAGCCCCUCCUUGGGCUCCCCAAUGUAUUUCUUCCUGGCCUCCCUGUCACUCAUCGAUGUUGCUUAUUCCACUAACAUUUCACCCAAAUUGCUUAUAGACCUACUCUGUAAUAAAAAGAGGAUUACCUUCCCAACUUGCAUAGGGCAGCUGUUUCUAGAACAUUUGUUUGGUGGAACUGAGAUUUUCCUCCUGGUGGCGAUGGCCUAUGAUCGUUAUGUGGCCAUCUGUAAGCCUCUGCACUAUUUGACCAUCAUGAAUCGCCAGUUUUGCAUCCUUGUGUUGGUGGUGGCCUGGGUUGGAGGUUUUGUGCACUCUGUGCUCCAAAUUAUCUUUGUGUAUAGUCUCCCGUUCUGUGGCCCCAAUGUCAUCAACCAUUUCUUCUGUGAUAUCUUCCCGUUAUUGGAACUUGCAUGCACUGACACCUAUUUUAUAGGUCUCAUUAUGGUGGCCAACGGUGGAUCCAUCUGCAUGGUUGUCUUUGUCCUUCUAGUCAUCUCCUAUGGAGUCAUUCUAAGCUCCCUUAAAAGUUACAGUCGGGAAGGGAGGCUUAAAGCCCUGUCUACCUGCAGCUCUCAUGUCAUCGUGGUUGUCCUCUUUUUUGUUCCCUGUAUUUUCAUGUAUGUUAGACCUGUCUCCAGCUUUCCCAUCGAUAAACCCGUGAGUGUGGUUUGUACGAUUUUCAUUCCCAUGUUGAAUCCUUUAAUAUAUACCUUGAGAAAUUCAGAGAUGAAAAAUGCCAUGAAAAAACUCUGGUGUAAAAAGUUAGAUACAAAAGUAGAUAGGAUAAGAAUGUCUUUCAUGCUGAACAUGUUUAUUUCCAAUUCUAAGGCUACAGACAGACAGUAA